AUGGGGGACAGCGUCGGGGAGCUGCUGCAGGCUGCUGGAAACGGCGAAAAGGAGCAGCAGCAGCAACAGCAGCAGCAGCAACUUCAGCAGCAGCAGCAGCAGCGGCAGGAGACAGAGCAACUGCAGCAGCAGGUGGAACAGCUGCUGCAGCAAAUAAAGAAAGACCCAUGGAAGGCCUCCUAUUAUGAGGCUGCUCUGAGAGCACUGUCCGCACUCGGCAACACAGCAAAGACACGGGAGGUGCAGCGGGCCUAUGCAGAGCACUGCCCUAUAGACGAGGAGUUGCUGCUGCAGUGGUAUGAAGCUGAGCGUAGACAGAGCAGCAGCAGCAGCAGCAGCAACAGUAACAGUAACAGCAACAGCAGCAACAGCAGCAACAGCUGCAGCAGCAGCCACGGCACCACCCCUUCACCCCCCUGCUGCCCCACCCCCACCACCUCCACCACCUCCAGCAGCAGCAGCAGCAGCAGCAGCACGGAUGAAGCAAGAGCGUUGCUGGAGCUAGGGCUGCGGCUGCAGCCUUCUGUGUCUCUGUGGCUGCUGUAUGCUCGGCAUUUAGAGGUGUCUCUCUGUUAUCAAGGUGUCUCCUUAGCAGAGACAGAGCAGAGACUACGGAGACCUCCUAGAUGA